AUGGAGAAAUUGGAUCUUCUCGGAGACACGAAAUACAAUGGCACGGUUGAUGCCGAGAGGGUUGCAGAACGGGUCAAGACCGAAAGGAUCCUCGAAGGUACGUUGACGCCGGAUCCUGACCGAGACUAUGAAGGCGAAUUUACCCUCUUGUUCCUAUCAUUCGAAGAGGCUCAACGGGAACGACAACCAGAUAUUGUUGAUGAUGGUUCGAAAGGGUGGAAAUUUCUGCAUGGCAUUAUCACCGCAGGGCAGAGCGAUGAGCCCAGUGAACUUCCUGCUUACCAUCCCAGCCAACGAGCAUUUCUCCUUGCUCGGAAAUUCAGGGGGGCUUUCCUGGUUACCUGUUCUAUACGAAACAUUGAUGCUUGCAGCCAUGCGGAACUCCUGAAGCUCAUUUGGCAGAUGGAGAUGACCGGAUGGAAUGACAUGAUCUAUGUCACCGAGAAGGACGAGGAGGUCCCUUACCGCAUCGAAAGCAAGAAAAAAGCCGAAGUGUUGGAAUGGGGACGUUUUGAAGACGAUUAUGAGCGCCCACCGAUGCCAGCUAAUGAGGUUAGGACAGGCAAGAAACUUAGGAGCUUUAUCCUAGACAAUAAGACGAUUUCGGUAAGUUGA